AUGGCUUUUGGACUCACUAUCGGUACAGAGCGCGCAACCGCACUCCAGAAUUCCAUUCAAAAUGAGCUCCAAAAACGCGGGUUUAGCCCCGACGCCGACCCUGUUAUGGCGGAAUACAUUACCAUCAUGAUAAUCAACAACAAGACGGCGGCCCAAAUCACAUCGGAGCUGGAAGAUUUAAUUGGGCCCGAAUACGACGCCUCCUUCACCGACUGGUUGUUCGUCGAAGCCGCGAAAGGCUCGGAACCCGUUCCAGCUUUAGCUACACCCGCCGCUUCCACCAGCACCCCCGCCCCCGCCCCCGAACCGAUUCCCAUUCCCACCGCCGCGGAUACGCGCCCCGCCCCGCCCCGCGCUUAUCAGCAGGCUCUCGCGCAAGCACAGGGCGCCCCUGCACAGAAGCGCGCCGCCUCUGCGAGGUCGCCGUCCCCCUCUGGCGCCGGCCAUCCAUCGAAGGCGCGCCGUACGGACCUUCCUACCGGCCCACGGGCGAUGCAAGACCGCGAACGCGACGGCAGGUUUCACGGCCGCGAUCGAGAACAACAGCCUCGUAGCUUGCUCGAGCGUAUGGGCGGGCUGCACCGCCCUCAUAAUGGUCCCGGGCCAGGCCACCAACAGCCAUUCGACGUACCGCCCAACAUGCCCAACUUACCAGGCAUGCCUAACUUCGCAGCGAUGAACCCAGCGGAACAGGCGAUGAUGAUGCAGCAAAUGUCGGCCAUGGGUGGGAUGAUGCCGAAUGGGAUGGGCGGCGGCAUGCCUCCCGACAUGGGCGCGGCGGGGAUGGCGAACCCGAUGUUGAUGGAAAUGUUCGUGAACCAGAUGGCGCUUAUGGCGCAGAUGGCGACGAGUAUGGGAAUCAUCAACCCCAACGCGCCUUCUGGCGCCCAGUUCACGGGCUUUCCUGGGCAGCAAGGCCCAAUGGUGGAUGCGGGGAUGCAGGGGCAUACGGGAGGCAACAACAACCGAGGCCGAGGAGGGCAGAGAGGACGGGGAAGGGGACGGGGAGGUCAGAACAGCGCAGGUGGCCAGGGCCAUAUUGCACCCACCGACGCCGCACCCGCACCCGCACCCGCACCCGCACCUGCACCCGCACUUGUCGCGCCGCAACCGCAACCCGCGCCCCCGGCGGUCGACCCCACCGCGGCCUCUCGCCCAGGCUUCGUCGUACCGGAACGCCCGCAGUCGCCAACGCUGUGCAAGUACGGCCUUAAAUGCACGAACGCACUCUGCCGGUGGUCGCACCCGUCGCCCGUCGCGACACCCGAGAGUGGCGUCGUGCUGAGUAACGACCCGUGCGAGAAGGGCAAGGACUGCAAGGACCCUGACUGCGUCAACGCGCACGUCAGCCCCGCCGUGCUCAACCCCAAUGCCGAGUUCAAGCCCCAUCAUGCACAACCUCCUGCGCCCGCACCCGCCCCGCACCAAAACACUGCGCCGGUGCACAACCCCAUUCCCGUCCAAUGCCGUUACGGUGCCAACUGCACGCGCCAGAAGACUGGGUGCCCGUACACCCACCCUGCCCCCGUGCAUACGCCCUCCAAGACGGGGACACCCUGCCGCUUUGGCUCGGCAUGCACGCGCGCAACGUGCCCGUUCCAGCACCCGAAGGACCGUGUCCUGCCGACGACGUUCUUCCGCGGCGUCGGGACCGAUGCACCGCUCGUGAAGGUGAAGGCACCCGAGACAGGGAGCAUGGGCGCGCCGAGCCCACAUAAGAGCGUCGUGUUCAACGGCAAGGGGGCGACGAAGGAGGAGCUGGAGAAGCGGAUGAAGGAGCUGGAGGAACGGAAGCAGGCAGUGGCGAAGCAGGUUGCGGAGGCAGAGUUGAAGAAGGAGGAAGCGAAGCAGGUGGAAGUCUCCAGCUAG